GCUUCCCGUCCCCGCCCCCGAGGCCCCGGGACGCCUGGGACCGAGCCCCCUCCCGACUUGGCCCGGAGCCCGCCUCCCGGAGCCGCCGAUGCUCGGAGACCCGCGCCCCGCUGAGAAGCCCCGGAGAGCGUCGGGUGGCAGAGCCGGGGGCGGCCGGCGAAGUGAGCAGGGCCGGCUGCGUGCAGCGCGGAGCAGCAGCAGGUGCAGCAGCAGCAGCAGCCGCGGGGGUCACAUGGCCGAGUGACCGCAGGUUAUGUGUCUGUCCCCUUGCUCGGGGCGGCGUGCCGGCGAUGGAGCGCGCCGCAGAGCCGUGGGGCUCGGAUCUCCACGGUCGCGAACAGAGGGAGCCGCUGAGAGGCGCCCGGGCAGGUCUGGGAAGUGAGAAUGUGGAGAUUGUUCAGCCAAAUGAAUUUGACCACGCCCCACAGGAUGCAGAUGAAUUGGGGUUCAAGGAAGAGCAAGAUCUGGCCCCAGGUCACGACGUAAAAAACGAUUCUCUCAAACCUGAAGGCAUCCAGAUCUGGGAUGACUUAUGGGUCCAGAGAGCAGGGCUGGCGAAGCCCCAGCCUCGGGAUCGAGGCCCCCGGGUGCUCGGGGAACCACGCUGGGGCCAGGCCGGUGCUGACCGGACUGCAGUAUGUGGCGAGUGCGGCAAGAGUUUCAGGCAGAUGUCAGACCUGGUGAAGCACCAGCGGACUCACACCGGGGAGAAGCCCUACAAGUGCGGGGUUUGUGGCAAGGGCUUUGGGGAUAGCUCAGCCCGCAUCAAACACCAGCGAACUCACAGCGGUGAGAAGCCCUACAGAGCCCGGCCGCCAGCCCAGGGCCCCCCAAAGAUUGCUCGGCCCCGGGUCCCUGCUGGUGAACGCCCCACUAUCUGCGGCGAGUGCGGCAAGAGCUUCCGGCAGAGCUCUGACCUGGUGAAGCACCAGCGGACACACACCGGCGAGAAGCCCUACAAAUGUGGCAUCUGUGGCAAGGGCUUUGGUGACAGCUCUGCCCGGAUAAAGCACCAGCGGACACACCGAGGGGAGCAGCCCCCCCGGCCAGUGGUGCCCCGAAGGCAGCCGUCUCGGGCAGCCAAUGCAGCUGCGCAGGGACCCAAGGCUCCGGACAAGCCAUAUGUCUGCCCUGAUUGUGGCAAAAGGUUUGUCCUCAGCUGUAGCCUCCUGAGCCACCAGCGCAGUCACCUAGGGCCCAAACCCUUCGGCUGCGAUGUGUGUGGAAAGGAGUUCGCCCGGGGCUCUGACCUGGUGAAACACCUGCGGGUGCACACGGGGGAGAAGCCCUACCUGUGCCCCGAGUGCGGCAAGGGCUUUGCCGACAGCUCCGCCAGGGUCAAGCACCUGCGCACGCACAGCGGCGAGCGGCCGCACGCCUGCCCGGAGUGUGACCGCACCUUCAGCCUCAGCUCCACUCUUCUCCGCCACCGGCUCACGCACGUGCAGCGCCAGGCCUUCAGCUUCCCCAGCCACCCCGCGGCCCCCCUAAUCCCCAGCCCCCCUCCGCCUCCUCUUGCCACCAGCCCCCCACUGACUCCCCGAAGUCCUUCACGCUCGGGUGAUGGGCCUUUCGGCUUACCUGGCUUGGAGCUGGAACCUGGGGGCCCGCAGGCCGGCGAGCCCCCCCCGCCGCUGACUGCGGGUGACAAGCCCCACAAGUGCCCCGAGUGUGGCAAGGCCUUCCGCCGAAGCUCUGACCUGGUGAAACACCUGCGGGUGCACACGGGGGAGAAGCCCUACCUCUGCCCCGAGUGCGGAAAGGGCUUUGCCGACAGCUCAGCUCGCGUCAAGCACCUGCGCACCCACCGUGGUGAGCGUGCUCGGCCACCAGCGCCAUCUACUCUCCUGCGGCCGCACAACCCUCCUGGCCCAGCAUCCAUGGCCCCUCGACCCGUAGCCCACGCCCAGCCCUCUGGACCCAGCCAGCCCCGCGUGUGUGGCUUCUGUGGGAAGGAGUUCCCCCGGAGCUCAGAUCUGGUCAAACAUAGGCGCACACACACUGGGGAGAAGCCGUACAAGUGUGCAGAGUGUGGCAAGGGCUUUGGUGACAGCUCUGCCCGUAUCAAGCACCAGCGUGGGCACCUGGUCCUGAGGCCCUUUGGGAUAGGGGAUGGUCGGGCACGGCCCCUCAAGGAGGAGCCCCCAGCGGAACUGGAAUGAUGGGAUUCAGGGAGGGUGGAGGCCCAGGAGACCAAAGGGAGGUCUGCUGCUGAAGCAGAGGCAAGGGUGUGGGAGGCAGUGGGGGGAGGAGGAGGGGAAGAAACCGGAGGAGCUAAUAGAUAGGAACAGACUGGAGAAGUAGCCCUGACACUCAGGAAGCCGUCCUGGCUAGGUGUGAAGACCUCGAUGGUGUGGGCUGAAACCUCCAGCUUGUAGAACACCGGCACACAGUAGACACUCAAUAAAUACUUGUUGACGAGA